AUGAGUGUCCAGGAACAGCUCGAGAGAUUGCAACAGCUCGCCGCCCAGGAUGCUGGGGGCGAUGCCACGGCGCACAAUGCUCUGCUCAAGGGCAUCCGAGAGCUGCAGCUAACCGUCGAAACCCCAAUCGAGACGACUUCACGGCUCAACUUUCAGAUUAUGCAAAGCAUUUGCAGCCGUGUUGCGCUCGAGUACCGCCUGCUGCAUAUACUUGUUGCCGGGGAUGGAAAACCCGUCACUGCUUCCGAGCUGGCAAGCGAAUCUGGCGCAGAUGAGCUCCUAAUCAUUCGAGUGAUGCGCGUCCUCGCCCCCAUCGGGCUCUGUGACGAAGUCGGCCCUCAGACGUACGCCGCCAACGCAAAUACGCGGUUCAGGGUCUUGCCUGGCUCGAUUGGGGCAGAAAAACACCACUUUGAUCUUGACUUUGGGAUGGGUGGCCGACUCGUAGACUACAUGCGUGGUCCUGGCAUCCAUCAGUUUGCCGACGAACCUAACGAGGUGACACUUUUCGAGUACGCCUUAGGCACGAAGACAAUAUUCGGCCAUCUCGAGAGGAACGAGGAGCAGAAGAGGUCGUUCGACGACUACAUGGCGUCUCGACGAAUGGUAAACGCGCCUCAGUGGUUUGACAUCUUCCCGGCGGUGCGACGGUUUGGUGACCUGCGAGGAGACACAGCCGUUCUCCUCGUCGACGUCGGCGGCGGGCCGGGCCAGGAAUUGGCACGCUUCAAGGAACGGCACCCAGAAAUGCCUGGGAGACUGAUCCUGCAAGACCUCCCUCUGACUCUGCGGCGAAUCGAGAGGCUUCCUGACGGCAUCGAGGCGAUGGAAUAUGACUUCUUCACUCCUCAGCCGGUCAAGGGUGCUCGCGCAUAUUUUCUCCGCAACGUCUUGCAUAACUGGUCCAAUUCCAAGAGCGAGAAAAUCCUCUCGCGUAUAGUCGAGGCUAUGGACCCAGAGUACUCGACGCUGCUCAUUGACGACUAUGUUUUGCCCGACACCAAUGCCGAAUUACGCGCCGCUGAGAUGGACAUACUGAUGUGGUUACAUACGUCAGGCUUAGAGAGGACUGUGUCGCAAUGGGAUGCGCUCUUCUCCAAGGUCGGCCUGGAGCGGGUUCAGAUUUGGAGAGCCGAACGAGGGAACGAGUCCGUCAUUGAAGCACGGGUGCGCAAGUGA